AACGCACGCGAAUAAUUCAAACGUAAGCAGUGUCCGCUCUUACAACAGUUCGAACUAUAUUAUUUCAAUACUUUCAUCACCAUCAAUAACAACACAACUAUUCCAGCCACACGAGGGGAAGUAUCAUAAUGUCAUCUGAGGAAAAAGAGUCGAAAGGAAUAAAUAAACUAGAAGACUUAGUUGGAGAAUUUGGACCCUGGCAGAGAAACCUGUUUCUCAUUUCUUUCAUUAACUUGAUGCCAAUUAGUUGGCAGAUUCUCGUACCGACAUUUUUUACUCCUGAAAUCGACCAUUGGUGCAGUCCACCACCAGCCUAUUGGAAUCUCACUGCCAACCAGUGGAAAUCCCUAGCUAUUCCUCAAAUAACAAGUGAAAACAACACUGUUAUCUACAGCUCUUGUCUCAUGUAUAAAACCAUUACUGAUUCGCCUUCAGAAAGAGAAUAUUCGAAUGUCACGUGCACAUCGUGGGAGUAUGACAAUUCUUUCUACGCUUCAACUAUUAUUGAUGAGUGGAACCUGGUAUGUGACAAAGCAUGGUUACAGUCGGUCAGUACAACUAUUAGUAUGGCUGGUGUUUUGGUAGCAGUGUUUAUCUCUGGUCAGCUAGCGGACAGAUUCGGUCGCCGUCCUGUUAUACUACUGGGUGUUGUUAUCUUAUUAGUAGCAGGCAUAGGGUGUGCUUUCUCGCCGUCAUUUAUUGUGUUCAACAUAUUAAGGUUUUUAUCUACAUUUGGAGCUACGUUUCUAACAUUUUCUUCGUACAUCUUAAUGUUGGAGUCAGUCAGCGUAAAAUAUCGCAAUAUUCUUCCGCUCUGCAGUGAGUUUGGAUGGGCCCUUGGCUUCAUCACUCUACCGGCAAUAGCGUGGUUCGUAGGAGACUGGUCCAACUUACAACUAGCUAUUACUAUCCCCUGGAUAGUUUUAGUAAUUUAUUGGUGGUUUCUUCCUGAAUCUCUCCGCUGGUUGUUAACUCAAGAUAAAGAGAAACAAGCAGAGAGGGAGCUGAAAAGGGCGUUAAUACUUAACAAAAAACAGGUUUCUAAUCUGGAAGAUGUCGUCAAGCAGCUGAUGAAUAAAGCGAACAAGGAAGAAAAUGAUGCAAGUAGGAAAAAAGCUACCUUCGUGGAUUUACUGUUAACUCCUAAUAUGAGAAAAAAAACAUUAAAUCUAUAUUUUAUUUGGUUCGUCCUGGCCUUUGUCUACUAUGGUUUAUCACUGAACACGAAUAAUCUCGGUGGUAAUCCGUUCCUUAACUUCUUUAUUGCUGGAGCAGUGGAGUUCCCUUCAUAUGGUGCUUCUGUUUUUGCCAUCAAGUAUUUAGGCCGUCGCAUUUCGGGGAUGAGCACCAUGGUUAUUGCUGGUUUAGCUUGUGUAUUAACUAUUCCCAUUCCUGAUGACCUCCUAAGCCUGCGAAUAACUGUAUCCAUGAUUGGUAAGGCUUUUAUAUCAGGUGCCUUUGGUAUCAUGAUUGUUUAUUCUUCUGAAAUAUUUCCAACCGUGGUACGCAACGUUGGUGUUGGAUCUAGCUCCACAUUUGCUAGAAUUGGGUCCAUGGUGGCACCAUUUGCAGUCAAAGAACUGGGUAAGGUGACCAACCCAAGGGUCCCUCUAGGAAUAUUUGGAGGAUUUUCUAUUUUUGCAGGACUCUUAAUUCUGCUCUUACCAGAAACCAAUAAUAAACCGCUAUCCGACACUUUAGAAGAAGGCGAGGACUUUGGAAAAAAGCAUUCCGCAAAAGUUUCACCUUUGGAAAAACAAAUCGUCUUUUCCACUAAAUUAUAAUGGAAAAUUUGAGUGUUUUUUAUUGUUUUUAUAAAAGAUAAGUAAAUAAUUUUGUGUUAUACAUAAAGUGAAUAAAAACUGUUUAAACUAACAAACAACAACGAUAAAACUUUCUUGAAUGUAUUCACCCAGGAUAAACAGUGCAUUAAGCAUUAGUAAUAUUAGUUGAACGGGAUAUUAUAAUAAGAGAAAACAUUUGUACACUGUUAUGUAUUAGUAUUGGUUUAAUCUAACUUUAUUCUAAUAUAGACUGUCUUUAUACGUAUAAAUCCCUUUCGUUUUCAUUGUUCUAUCUUGUUUUUCCAUGACUCCAUAACAUAGCUCAACAAUAUCCCUACUCUAUUCAGCUUUAAUGCAACAAAAGCUAUCCUAUACAUACAAAGUUUGAACCUUCUGUUCAAUAGAGAA